AUGCUCCCUCCACAGUCCUAUGUCAACAUCUCCUUCUUCCAGCCACCUGCUUUUCUCAUGAUUGGCAUCCCAGGGCUGGAGGCCAUUCACACCUGGCUCGCCAUCCCCUUCUCCUCCAUGUACACUGUGGCCCUCACUGGGAACUGCCUGAUCCUCCUAGCUGUGAAGAGGACCCCCAGCCUGCACCAGCCCAUGUACUACUUCCUGUGCAUGCUGGCGCUCACUGAUGUGGGCCUCACCUUGUCCACACUGCCCACCACCCUGGCUGUGCUCUGGUUUAACUAUCGGCUCAUUGGUUUCAAUGCCUGCCUGGUCCAGAUGUUCUUCCUGCACUCCUUCUCUGUGGCGGAGUCCUCAGUGCUCCUGGCCAUGUCCUUUGACCGCUUUGUGGCCAUCUCCAACCCCCUGCGCUAUGCAACUGUCCUUACAAAUAAUGUCAUCAUCAGGAUUGGGCUGGCCAUUGUGGCUCGAGCCACUGUGUCCCUCUUCCCUGUGCCCUUUUUGCUGAAGCGAUUGAACUACUGCCCUGGAAAGAUCCUCUUGUCUCAUUCAUUCUGUUUCCAUGCAGAUGUCAUGAAACAGGCCUGUGCUGACAUCACAGUCAACAUCCUUUAUGGGCUCUAUGUGGUUCUGUCCACAGUGGGUGUAGACUCCUUGCUUAUUGUCCUGUCCUAUACACUUAUUCUUUAUACGGUGAUGAGGCUGGCCUCUCCCAGGGAGCGUAUCCGGGCCCUCAACACCUGUGUGUCUCAUAUCUUAGCUGUCCUGGUUUUCUACAUUCCAGUCAUAGGUGUGUCUAUGAUCCACCGUUUUGGGAGGCACCUACCCCACAUUGUCCAUGCCCUGGUUGCCUAUGUGUAUCUGGUGGUGCCUCCUGUGCUUAACCCCAUCAUCUAUAGUGUGAAAUCUAAGCCCAUCAGGGAGGCCAUGCUCAAGGUACUGAGAAGGAAGGGACAAAGCUGA